GGGGACAGCGCGCUAGGGGCAGGAGGCGGGUGGUCGCCCGGAGACUCCGCACCUCGGAGUGACGUCCUGCUGCAGUGCCGCUGCCUGCGCUGCCCGAGCUCGUCAAUGGAGCUGGAAAACAUCGUUGCCAACACCGUUUUGCUGAAAGCCAGGGAAGGGGGUGGAGGGAAACGCAAAGGCAAAAGCAAAAAGUGGAAGGAAAUCCUGAAAUUCCCUCACAUUAGCCAGUGUGAAGAUCUGCGAAGAACAAUAGAGAGAGAUUACUGCAGCAUAUGUGAAAAGCAGCCCAUUGGAAGGCUUCUCUUUCGGCAGUUCUGUGAAACUCAGCCCGAGCUCGAGUGCUGCAUUAGGUUCCUUGACUCGGUGGCAGAAUAUGAAAUUGCUCCAGAUGAAAAGCUGGGAGAGAAAGGAAAGGAAAUCAUGAUGAAAUACCUCACCCCAGAGUCUCCAGCCUAUGUUCCCGAAGUCAGUCAAGAGCUUAUCCAACAGACAGAGGAGAAACUCCAGAACAGCCCCUGCAAAGAGCUGUUCUCUCCCUGUACAAAAUCUGUCCUUGACCACCUCAGUGGGGAACCAUUCCAAGAAUACCUAAACAGCAUGUACUUCGACAGGUUUCUCCAGUGGAAGUGGUUGGAAAGGCAACCAGUAACAAAAAACACGUUUCGGCAGUACAGGGUACUGGGGAAAGGCGGCUUUGGGGAGGUCUGCGCCUGCCAAGUGCGAGCCACGGGGAAGAUGUACGCCUGCAAGAGAUUAGAGAAGAAGAGGAUAAAGAAGAGGAAAGGCGAAUCCAUGGCACUCAACGAGAAGCAGAUUUUAGAAAAAGUCAAUAGUCAGUUUGUAGUCAAUUUAGCCUAUGCCUAUGAAACAAAGGACGCACUGUGUUUAGUUCUGACCAUCAUGAACGGAGGUGACCUGAAGUUUCAUAUCUACAACAUGGGAAACCCAGGCUUCGAGGAGGAAAGAGCUUUGUUUUAUGCAGCAGAGAUUCUUUGUGGCUUGGAAGACCUACACAGAGAAAAUACUGUGUACAGAGAUCUGAAGCCAGAAAAUAUCCUGCUGGAUGAUUAUGGCCAUAUUAGAAUAUCUGAUUUGGGUCUAGCUGUUAAAAUCCCUGAAGGUGAAUCAAUCCGUGGAAGAGUAGGAACAGUAGGGUAUAUGGCUCCAGAGGUGUUGAACAACCAGAGAUACACACUCAGCCCUGACUACUGGGGGUUAGGCUGUCUCAUUUAUGAAAUGAUUGCUGGGCAAUCACCAUUCCGUGGAAGGAAAGAGAAGGUGAAGAGGGAAGAAGUGGACAGAAGAGUGCUGGAGACAGAGGAGGUGUACUCCCAUAAGUUCUCUGAGGAGGCCAAGUCCAUCUGUAAAAUGCUCCUCACCAAAGAUGUGAAGCAGCGGCUGGGAUGUCAAGGGGAAGGUGCAGCAGAAGUGAAGAGACACCCCUUUUUCAAGAGCAUGAAUUUCAAGCGGUUAGAAGCAGGAAUGCUGGAUCCUCCCUUUGUGCCUGAUCCCAGAGCAGUGUACUGCAAGGAUGUGUUAGACAUUGAGCAAUUCUCCACAGUGAAAGGAGUUAACCUGGACCAAACAGAUGAUGAUUUCUAUUCCAAGUUUUCCACAGGAUCAGUGUCUAUUCCAUGGCAAAAUGAGAUGAUAGAAACAGAGUGCUUCAAGGAGCUGAAUGUAUUUGGACCAAAUGGUACUAUUUCACCAGACCUAAACAAAAGCUACCCCCCAGAGCCACCCAAGAAAGGAUUGCUACAGAGAAUAUUUAAGCGACAGCAUCAGAACAAUUCAAAGAGUUCUCCAAAUUCAAAGGCCAGUUUAAAUCAUCACUUAAAUUCAAAUCACGUAAGUUCAAACUCCACUGGAAGCAGCUAGUUCCAGCUCAGUCCUAUGAAACAACAUGUUGCAUCCUUCCACUAUAAUCUCUGGAGCUUCUGUGGAUGAGAGAGCCUCCACCAUCGAGUGAAAAAAAGAAAAUCUGGAUCUCCCAAAAUGGAGAUUUUCUAUCCAUUCCUUCCAGUGGAGCCUCACAUUUUAAGAAGAAAUUUCCACUCAGGUCUGUUUUUGGAGGUGGCACUCAAGACUGUGUGAAUCAAAUUUGUCUCUUUAGAACAUUGCAAUAGAAAUUCAAUGAACAUGACUACUUGCACGUAUUUAAAUAGCAUCAUACUAGAACUGAAUUUUGUCUUUAUUAUUUUUAAAGAAAAGUUUUGUAAAUUUCUCUAUUGUCUCAGUUUACAUUUUGUACAUUUGUAUUUAAAUGAAAGUCAGACUUUGGAGGUGUAUAUUUUCCAAGCAGCAGUUGUAAAGCCAUGUGUUUUAAGACAUUUUUUUAAAAGAAACAAAAUGUGACUCAAGACUUCCAGAGCCUCAAACGAGAAAUCAUUCUUUUUAGCAAUUCUAGAAAAUUCUUCAUAAAUCACUUUAUCAGACGGGGGUUUAUUGACAUGCAUUUUUAUGGAACAGUUUUUUCUUAAUUAUUUUACAUCUGUAUAUUUGGUUUACAGCAACACUGCAUACAUUUCUCCUCUUCAUUAGUUUGUAAUGUCUCGCAUUAAAUGCUAAAAGACAAGAUUUGGAUGCAUUCAAGAAUGCUACUUGCUAUACUGAAGGUUUGUGAUGUCUUGGGACCAGCACAGCUGAGAUUUGCACUUACGUUGUUAUUCCAUCAAAGGCCUUUUAGUUAGAAAGGGAGCCCUGUUUUAAUCUCUUUUCCUUCACUAGUGGUUGUGCUGUUUCUAACAACAGAUGGAACAAAGCUGAGGGAGAAGUGACCAGGAAAGCAAAUGUCCAUUUAUUUUUCUAGGACUUCAAACCUGCACCUGCUGAAAUGAGAGCAAAACUCAAAGUAUUCUCCAUGCUGCAGUCAAAAACCCAAGGUCUUGCCACAGCUGCCCAUAUCAAAGAGGCAGCAGGAGAGAAGUUCAGCAGUCUGGUUUGUGCCAGCCAUAAAGAUUUGUGACAGCUUUGUAGAGCUGAGCUGUGGAGAUUCAGAGUGGGAUCUGAGCUGCUUUUGGGCAGUAGCAGAACUUACAGGCUGUCCCUGCACUUAAAAUACUUCUAUGUGUCAUGCAAGCAUCCCCUGACACAUCCACCCAGUUAGAUCCCCAACUGAAUAAAAUGCCAGUAUGAAAUAAUAACUCCCACUUCCAGCUCCAACAUUCUUUGUCCAGGAUUCUUUAACCACUGACAAAAACUCUGUCCCCACCAGGAUGAGCAGGAUCAGGCAGGAUCACUAGCAGUACCUCAGGCAUCAGAGUCAUGCUUUUCUCAAGUAUUUCAUUAUUAUUGUUAAGAAUACCUGAUCAAAAAUAUGGUUCCUUCCCUUCCACAGGAAUUGGAAAACCUUUGUGCCCCCAGCUGCAGGCAGGAUCUCUACAGCCCAAAGUGUUCUAUAGAGUGUAUUGGUUCCCCAUACUCUUUACAAUGUUGGCUAGACUAUACUGAUUUUUUUAAACCUUUAGGUCAUCAGGAACAUCUGAAAGCCACCCUGGUGUGUCUAAAAUUCUGUUAGCCAGUAGUGAGCUACUGCAGGGUCCAAGGAAGAGAUGUUCCAGUGGGAGUCUAUAGCCGAAACACAUUAAACUGCCAUGUGUAUGUUCUGUGUGGCCAGUGCUGAGGGGGAAGAAGAUGAAGGUUAGUAGUGGCAAAUCCCUGAGUGCAAAACACACAGAAAUGGCAAAGUAAAGCAGCUUGGAGUUGUGAGACAGAGAGACAGAACAGGGACUUGCAUAGAGCAGCUGACAGAGAAAAGUCAAGACAGGGAGAUGAGGUUUCAGCCAUUCUCCCAUGUCAGAUUCUGGCAUUGAAGAUCUUAUAGAAGAUGCAGGAUUUUAGAGAUGUUGCUAAUUUGGCGUGUGAAGACUAAAAUUUUCAUUCUUUACCAUCUCCAGUAUUGAGAAAUACCAGUAAAUCCCUUACUGAAAGCUGGUGAACAAAUUGCAAAUGUUGAUUAUAGCUGGUCUUACACUUUUUAGAUGCUACCAGGCUUAAUUAGUGGUGGAUGACGUUUUAGGGACAGGAGUGAAUGACAGCACUUGUGCCUUGUCCUGCUCGCCUUUCAGUGAGGACAGUCCUCACUCAGCAGCUCUAGGAGCCUGGCAGUGGGGAUUUAGGGACAGUGCAAAGUCCUGGAAGGAUGAGAGCACUCUUUCUCCUUGGAUACCUGGAGGACAUUAUGCUAGGGUUGGAUAUCCUGAAUUCUCGAGGUGGCACAGAAAAAGGGUGCUUUAUGUGCACCUGAAGGCAUCGAGCCUGGGAUGGAGCCCCUCUGAAUCCCACCUCCUUGGAGCAGUGAGAGAGGAAGGGGAGAGACAGAAAACACCACCAGUAGAGGGAGGUUUCCUGCCACAUCCCUUGAGUGUUUCUGUCCUGUCUGACAAACUACAAACAGUAUUACCAUGAUGGGGCAGCAGAACUUUCCAGCACCGAGCCCUGGAAGAUUUAAAAUCCUAAUGACCAGUCCUAGGGAUCUUCUUGUCACAGUUUGCCUACAACAACAAAACCUGCAGGAUUUCUUUUUUUAUUGCUUCUUGUUUUUGUUGGGAUUUUUUUUGUUUUUUAAUUUUUUCAGCUUGCCUUACACUCAAAGCUGGAGUAGGAGCAUAGUCCUUGCACGUUCAUUGUGUAACCAGGUACAAUUUGUGCCCAGAACUCAGGGCUGAAGCCCUGUCAAGGCAGUGCCCUGCACAGCCAGGCUUCCACAGGCAUUUGGCCAUUGGCUCCGUGGAGUCAAAUUAAAAACACUAGGAACUCUGAAAAAAACCCUUAUAUUUUCAUCAUACAACCUUGGAGAGCAUUUGCAAUGAGAUUUUGAGCAUUUUGAUUCCAGGUGAAUUUUGAGAUGGGUUUGCACAUAACAAAGUAGUAGAAAGGAGUAGUUCUGUAAUAGCUUUCCAGACUGAUUUAUUUUCUCUAUCUCUGCUUCAGUUACCAUCCAAACUCUUUCAAAAAAAAAAAAAAAAAGCAUAUGCUCAGAUCUGGUUGUUUGUUUUAAAUAGAUAGAUGAGCAAAAUUAGCUCUUUUUAAGAAUCAGUAAUCUUUUGCAAUCUGAUCCUGAAUUAUGCAAGCAUGCCUUUUAUUUUUAAAUCUUUGUUGAGUAGUCUGAUGAACACUAAUUAGUUGACAGACUUUCAUGAGUCAGGUGUUUGCUAUUCAUUUUCUGCAGUGUCUCAAGGUUCACUUGAGUCUUGUAGCAUUUUUUGCCACUGUUGGAUGAGAGGCUUUUUUUAAACAACAGAAUAAUGAAGGAAAAAAAUAACAAACUCUUAGAUGUGCACUCUUGACCUGGAUUAUCUAAAAACAGGUUUUUCACAAGAAUGGCCAUGACUCAGAUGUUGUUUCUGAACAAAAACCUGCUUGUGAAGCUCAGAGAGGUGUGAAGAUAAUCAAACCAAACAGGUAGUGCUGUUCAAACUGAGUGUUAGGGAGCUGCAGAAUUCAAUAUCGCAGCGUUCACCUGGCCCUGCUCAUUAGGGACUCCUGGUUCCUGCCAGUUCAGAGACAUAACAGCUCUCCAUAAACACAGCUUGAUACCACCUCAAUUUGCAGUCACCCCAGAAACCGUGGCUGAGAGUGUCAUCAGCGCUAGGAAUCAAACUUGGCUGACCCAGUAAAGCACCUAAUGUGAGGACACUGAUUCUUAAGGUCAUUCACCCAAACCUCAGGAUCCAGCUUGAAUUCUUUAUUCACAUUUCAAAUCCAGCUGAUCUUUUUCAGUGGCCAUGACUCAAAUGAAAAAACCAACAGGAAACCAACCUGCAUUAGUGGUAAAAUCACAGUCAAGAUGAGGAAGAUGCAGAAGCUGUGAGCUCUGGAGGACAGUGUGUAAAGUUCACAGUGUGUGAAUAUUCUGGGUGCAGUGGCAGCUGGUAGUGCACAAUCUUCCUUGGGGUCAUCAUGUGUUGGUCAGAGUUCCUUCAGUGGCCGGGGAACUGCACGCACAAGGGUCUGGCCCACGGCACAAAGACAACGUUGUCCCUCUGGGGGGUCAGAGGGGACAGCUGGAUGAGGCAAGUAGGAAUUCCCCCCAGCCUGCAUGGACAGCAUCACCCAGCCUCAGUCAGGAGCUCCCUGCACAGGCUUUUCUGGAAAAGCAAUAAAUGCACAACCCUGCAGCACAGCUGCUGCAUCUCACCAACGUCCGUGGAACAGGUGGCUGCAGGAACUGGCUCCACCAUGAGCAAGAUGUGGAUGUUUUAACCCCUGUUCCACAGUCAGUUGUGAUCAUCAUUUUGUUCAGUUAAUAUUUGUCAUAUUCACUUAAGUUACUCAGUGCAGAGAAGAUCACUGGUCAGGCAUUUCCCAUACAGUCUUUGGAAAGAGUGGAUUUUUUGGAAGAACAUCCCAUGUGUCUCUAUGUGGACCAUCUUGUAUCAUGUGGACGCCUUCAGGAGCUCUUGAAGUCCAUAUUUAAAGGCUUUCCUGACCAAGGACGGUCCCAGUCUGUCUCAGGCUGCAGGGAGGUUCAUUUGGCAGUGAAUUCUGGAAGAAUCAGUCUGUUCAGCGGCAUCAUGGAAAUCAGGAGAUUCCAGAGUUGUCAAGCCUUUCACAAAUAUGAUCUUUAACUUAAAAUACUACUAAAGAUUUAGACUAAGGAGAAUAAUUACAAACAUCCUCAUGCUGAAGUUUAGAGAAAUUUUGCAUCAAUUUAAAACAACUCCUCUUUUGUGUGCUGGGCAGGACACACUUCCUUUUAUACUAAAUAAUGUUGGAGUGCUGGCUGGUAAUAAUUGUCUUUGCCUAAAUGCAAAACCCAAAAAGAUAAAGAAAUUGGUUCAGAAUUUCAUCAAAGAAGCUGAAAGCCAACAAUAUGCUACAGUAAUAUGGGCUGACCUCCCCCAAAUGUCUCUGUGAUAAUACAAAUACAAUCUGCUGCAGUUGGAUCAGCUAAGCUGCUGUACUGACAAAUGGGCUUUAUGAAAGAAACAAUUUUAAACAGAUUGCUGCCUAUUCAUUAACAUGAAUAUUACUGCUGGCACAUAUGUAUUCUCCUUGCUUUAUAUACUGGAGCCAGGAGUGAUGGUUUGUAUUCCUAUUCUGACUGUGUUUUUCUUCACUGCCCUGGGCAAACCUCUGUGAAAUUUUGUUUUCCCAUUCCCAAACAUGGAGGGAUGCUCUCUGUCUGUCAAUGGAAAGCACUUUGGAGUCUGGGCAUAAACCAGAUCAGUAUCAAUUCUUUGUAUUAAUAUUUAAAUGAAAUAGGCUUAGUGUAGCUGCUCUUUAUUUACAUGACUAGUGAGACGACUCUCCUAAACUAGGACUCUUUUUAUUAUUGGUUUGUCUUAGUUCCUUAGAGAUACUGAAACAGAACAAACUGCACUUCUGUAAGACAUCUCCAGCAGACAAAGAGGUGACAGUGCAAAUGUUUAAGUACUCAUUUCUUGCUGAAGAGCUGGCCAGUAAUUGUGGCAUUCACAUGAAAACAUUUCCUCUGUUUUCAGAAGGGAGAUAAACAGUUAUGAAGAAGGGAACAAAAUAACAUUCAUUGGUUCAACUUUUUGGCCAAGCCUGCAGAGGAUUCCCUAGGUACCCAUUGAGUGAGGGGCUGUGUGAAGCCCCAAGGAUGGAUCUGAGGCAGACUGGGUCUGGGAGCAAAAGAGACAACAUGCCUGGGGUCGGUGGGCUCCACAGGGGAACUCCAGGUUUUCUGGAGCAGUCCCAUGGAGAAGAUUCACUCCCAGAGAAGAAACAUCUCAGGUGGUGGCGGGAUGGCAAAUGUGUUUUCCUUUCUCAUCACCCCACAUGCAGCUGUUGGAUAUGUUAAUUAGCGAGCUCAAACGAGUUGUUUCAUGUGUAUUGAAUGCGGUCUCCCUUAAUUCCAUUUCUUUUAAACACUGGACACUCUUCUAAAAGACUGAACAUUUUAGCCUUUUGAAGCUGAAAGCUGUAAAAACUUUAUUUUGUGUUUCUGAGCAAUGUAGAUAGACCUAAAGAUUUCAUGAACUAUCAUGUGGUUGCCCAUAUCUGACUAAUAAUUAAAUUGUAAAAUUGCAGUUUCAUAUUAGGGUUAGUCUUUUCACCUGCUUUAAAAAUUAAAAAUCAUAUUUGGUAUAUAAACACACACAGAAUAUCCUUCUGAUUGAAUUUCAAAAGCAUAUCCAGGAGUAAAUGUUUUAAAGCACUUCUAAUACUGUAGUCUAUAAGAGGAGCAGACACUUCUAAAGCAAUGUUAAAAGUUGUCUUUCAUAACUGAGUCAACAGAUCAUUUUUGUAAUAAAUUAAAGCAAGUGUUCUCAAUUAGAAGAGCUAGUGGCUGUUGAUAUUGUAUAAAAAAAAAGUCAUUCUAAUAUCCAAAGGGUUAGGGGUGGGGAGGGUCUGUUUGGUUUUGUUUCUCUUUCCAGGGAGAUCUUAAACAUUGUUUGAUGAAGCUAGUUUCAUUUUGAGAUUGUUACUGAAGAUAAAGGCUUCUGUGUUCUAUGGCUGCUUGGAUUCUUCGUACAUAAUGUCCUAGUAAUGUCACAGUGCUGCUGUAUUUAGAUCAAACCACUGUUUUGAUUGGGUUUUUUGGCUUUUUUUUUUAAUAAAUUCCUUAAUUUAAAUACA